UUGCCUCUUCCAGUGCGGUUGGACAUUCUGAAAGGAAUCAGUAAUCAGAAUUUGGCUGGCAAAGGCAGCAGUUCUUCAUUUGAGAUACCUCUUGAAGAUGAGAUUGAAAUGCCCAAUUUCGAGGAGGGAAACUUCAGUGAUGUAUCGGGAGAUGUCGUUGCUAAUUCAACUGAUGAAGAAAUCAAUUCUGCUGAUGAGGCUAAAACUGUCCUAUCCACCAGACAGUUCCCCAGCUAUGGUCCUCAAUGUAUCAGAAAUGAACAAGUUAGUGAUACAAGAAGAAAUUCUGAAGCAUUGUUACGUUCCAAAGGCAGUGCUUCAUAUUCAGCAUCCCAUUCUACCUGCUCCAAAACAAAUACAUCUGGCAUCCGGAGCACAUCUAAGCCAAGGUUCUCAUUGCCAUCAGUGUCACAUAAAUGUGAGCACAUUGAUCCUUCAGUCACAAAUAUUGAGAGCUUGCCUGAAAGUAUGAAAGCUGUUGAUCCUAUUGAUUCUAAAAAUUUAGAUGGAAAUUAUCUUGACAAUGAUGAUGGUGGAAUGGAAAUAAUGUCAGACACUGAGUCUGCUGAAACAGAACCUCUUGCAGCAGGAUUUAAUCUGCCCUCUGUGGCUGAUCUUUUUGACAACCUCCUAGAUAAGACUGAUCUGCGUCUACCACAUGAUUGUGAGGGAAGAGGAAAAAAAGUGCAGCUUUUUCAGAAGAGUGGUAGAUCCCACUUGCAGGACACAGUUGCUGACAGUGAAGAUUCCCCUGAGCCUGUGGAUAGUGGGUCAUCAAGUGACAAUGAAGUGAAUGAUCAGCAUAUCAUAACUGCUUUCCCCAGAAAGAAAAUGCAGACCAUGGUAGAGCGAUUUGAUGAAGCUUUAGGGACUUCCGCUGUUAUAGCCGAAGGGAUUCAUGUUGGAGCACUUAAUUCAUUAAGAGCUGGAUUUUUUGGAAAACUAGAGCAGGUGAUGCAGAAAGAGAAAGAAAGAGACGUGUACUUCUGGACAAAUUUACAAGCUGGAGCUAGGCCAGAUAGUGAACUUGGCUGCAUUGAUGUAAAAAUCAUUUCAAGGUCCAUGAAUGGAAAGCUGACUGUUUGUCAUUGCUCAUUUGCCAAGUCCACGGAGAAUGUUGUGUUACAAGAUUACUCUGAAGGAAUGGGGAUUGGUGACAGCGAAAGCGGUAAAAAAACCAUUAUCUUUAGUUCAAGAGUUUGCAACACUGCUAACCUUGAAGUUGGGAACUUGAUCCGUGUUCACCCUCCAUGGAAAGAAGUUCAAGUGGGGAAUGAUAAUAUUAUUUUGUGCACUUAUUUCUCUGAAAUUUUAUCCCCAGUUUGAUUCACAAUUUUCAGAGAUGAUUGCCAGCUGUUAGUAUGUUCAUUUGAGUUUCUUAAAAACCAACAAAAUUGAUGCAAACCAUUGUUUUGUAGUGGAUAGAAUAUGCUGAUGUUCGGCUUCUUAGGAACUAUGAAAAGGAAGCUCUGCUUUUUCAUUACUGAUGACUCAAGGGACCAUAGAAUUAUCGUAUUAUUAGUGUCAAAGUACAUGGUGGAGAGAAAUUAGAGACGGAAUCGGAACAUGUGUUGUUAUUGAUAUCUGGUAUUGAUACAAUUAUAAGGUACUUGUAAACAAGGCUUAAGCUAAUGGUAUUAAGUUACAGGGGCGGUAGAC